GAUAUAUCAAUUGACAGCCUGACAGGCGGCAGUAGCUGUCAAGUGUCAACAAUUCAAGUGCCUAUUUUUUACCCUCAGUUUUUACCAAUUCACUUUUUGAAACAAUUUGAAUUUGAAAUAAAAUAAUCUAUAUAGGACUAUCAGUAAUAUCAUAAUUUGAUAAUUACUUGGUCCGUUCGCGUUAAGAAAAUAGUGAGUCAUCGUUGUCCGCCGGCCUGGCCACGCCCCAAAUUAGAAAGUCGAGUUCACAGUGACCAAUUGAAAUCUGACCUUCGAACAAAACGGUUGUGUAUUUUGCGUGACUCGUUCAACAAUAAAUUUUGAAAAUGAAUACUUCACCAAUUCGAAAGAAUAAAAGUGGAUCAAUAAUCCAUAGCGGAGAGAGACGCAUAAUUUACAAUGUUUAUAAGUUCUUUAAAUUGUGUGAUUUAAAUACAACUGUGGAGAGCAUAGUCAUAAAAACAGCAAGUGCAUGCGGUGUGUCCGAAAAUACUGUUUAUAAAAUUAUUAAAGAACAAAAGGAUACCAACACAUUAAAAUCACCCGUGAAAAAAAGAGCUCGACUAUCCACAGCCGAUAAAUUAGAUGAACUAGACAAAUGUGCAAUAAGAAGAAAAGUUCACUCAAUAUAUUUAAAUAACGACUACCCGACAUUGGACAAAAUUAUGAGAAUCUUCGAAGCUGACGAAGAUAUUCCUGUUUUCAAACGUACUACACUUCAUAAAAUAUUGCACGAACUUGGUUUCGAUUUCAAUAAACAGGAUAAUAGAACAUUGUUAGUAGAAAGGGAAGAUAUUGUUUUAUUGAGGCGUAAAUAUCUUAGGCAAAUAAAAGAAUACAGAGACGCUAAUAAAACCAUUUACUAUCUUGACGAAACGUGGGUAAACGCCGGACACGUAAAGACAAAAACAUGGUUGGAUACAACGGUAAAAAAUAAGAGACAAGCCUUUCUAGAUGGCUUAUCAAGCGGUCCAAAGGCUCCGACAGGAAAAGGUAAAGGGUUAAUUGUAUUGCACAUUGGCAGCGACAAAGGGUUCGUGGAAGAUGGUCUACUAGUAUUUGAAUCUAAGUCUACAAAAGACUAUCAUGAAGAGAUGGAUGGUGAAAGAUUCCUUCAUUGGUUCAUUAAUAUAAUGCCUAAGCUGGAACCAGGAAGUGUGGUUGUCAUGGAUAACGCUCCUUACCAUUCGGUAAGAGUCGAAAAAAUACCAACAACCAGCUGGAAUAAACAGCAAAUAAUAGAUUGGCUUCAAAGCAAAGGCAAAUCCAUGGACAUGACUUAUUUAAAAAAAGAAUUAUUAAUGAAAGUUACCGAAAUCGCCCCACAAUAUAAUAAAUAUUUAAUAGAUGAGACUGCCAAAAGUAAUGGAAUUACAAUUCUUCGCCUGCCGCCUUACCAUUGCAAACUAAACCCAAUUGAAUUAGUGUGGGCCCAAAUAAAAAAAUAUUUUGGUGCCAAUAACUCCACGUUUAAAAUGAGUGACGUAAAAAAAUUAUUAUAUGACGCAAUAACAUUAAUAGACGCUAAUCGUUGGAAGAACCAAGUGCUGCGACCUCGUGAUACGAGAAGAAAAUACCAUGUGGCAUUUGGAUGACGUCAUGGAACACGCAGAACAAAAUUCUUUCAUAAUAAAUGUAACUGAAGAAUCUAGCGAUACUGAAUAGUGAUUUAAGUAAUUUUAAGACAUUUUUUUUCCAUUAACAAUAAUUUAAUGUUUAAAAAAAUGUUUGUACUUUUUCUCCACUGUGAAUACACCCUCAUCCUAUAGUUGCACUGAUGACUCACUAUUUUAUUAACGCGAA